GACGCGUGAAUAAUGAGGAUAAGCAAAGAACGCGGAGUCACUGGCAUUCGUACGAGACUGACUAAAUAAUGGUCGUGUCAACUACAACACCCUCCUCCCUCCUUCCCCAUCCUAUUUCCAUUUCCACACACCUUGUUCUUGUUCUUGUUCUUGUUAUUGUUCUUGUUCUGCAUCCUUAGCUUGGUUCUCUCUUCAACCGUGCUUCUGGAUUGCUGCAAUAACGUGAACAGUUUCAGCCAUGACAGGCCGAGAAAUCCUCCUCAAGAUGAAGGAAAAAGUUGGGUUGGGUUCAUCUGCCGACACUGGAAAGGGGAAGAGUAAGAUGUCAAAGCAUGUAACACAUGGUUAUCAUUUGGUUAAGGGAAAAUCCAGUCACCCAAUGGAAGAUUAUGUUGUUGCUGAAUUCAAGCAAGUUGAGGAGCAUGAGCUUGGUCUGUUUGCAAUAUUUGAUGGUCAUUUGAGCCAUGACAUCCCUGAUUAUCUACGGUCUCAUUUGUUCGUUAAUAUUUUGAAUGAGCCUGAUUUCUGGACUGAAACAGAGGAUGCAGUCCGGAGAGCUUAUCGUACAACUGAUACUUCCAUUUUGGACAAAUCAGUAGAGUUGGGUAAAGGGGGUUCAACUGCAGUUACAGCAAUCUUAAUUGAUUGUCAGAAGCUGGUGGUAGCUAAUGUUGGAGAUUCAAGGGCUGUUGCCUGCAAGGAUGGUGUGGCCAAACAAUUGUCAGUUGAUCAUGAGCCUAGCAAGGAAAGGACAUAUAUUGAGGACAGAGGUGGUUUUGUAUCAAAUUUUCCAGGUGAUGUUCCACGAGUUGAUGGACAGUUGGCCGUAGCAAGAGCAUUUGGUGACAAAAGCUUGAAGAAACACCUCAGUUCGGAACCAGAUGUGUCUUUGGAGAUUGUAGAUGAAGAUACAGAGUUUGUCAUCUUAGCAAGUGAUGGCAUAUGGAAGGUAAUGACAAAUCAGGAGGCAGUGGAGUGCAUUAGGAACAUAAAGGAUGCUAAAGCAGCUGCUAAGCACCUUACUGAAGAGGCACUUGCAAGGAGGAGCACAGAUGAUAUUUCCUGUAUAGUUUUAAGGCUUCAGUGACCAUUUGGUUUAUCAGUUUUUAUAUUGUGCCAUUGUAUGAACCGUUUUUAUUGCGAAUAGUAGUUUGGUUACCUGGGCUUUAGAAUCAAACAUGUAAUGUACUCAUUACAAAGAAAGUAUAAAGCCCUAGUAGGAAAUUGAGUGUUGAAGUUGAUUACCAGUCGUGUGUCUUCGUUGUCCCAGAUGUGGUACCAACUAUUUGCAGUUUACUUGCUGCGUUGAUUUCUUUGGAAGCAAUGUGUAGUAUAAAUGUUGAUUCUGUUUUAUAAAAUACUAGAUGUUACUUUGGA